AGAGUCGGUUUCUUCAGUUUCACAUCAAUGAUGGCCUUCUGGUUAAGUCUUAUACUUCUGGCGCUGUAUUCCUUCCAUGUGGUCGAGAAACUGCAUUUCUGGCCCUGGCUUUUGGUCGAAUUUGCCUAUUGUCUCAUUUGGACCGCAUUUUACUUCUUGUCAUCGCUUCUCAUGCUUAUCGACGGCGGCGUCCAUUCGGCUGCGGGAGUUUUUGGUUUCAUUGCGUUUGGGAUCUAUGGUUACGACGCCUUCCUUAAGUACAAGGGCUAUAGUGCCGGAGAGAUAGCACAGGGAGAGAGGACUACAGUCGGCGGACAGUCUAAUGCUUAGACACAACCAUUACCUCAUU